ACACAUUCUCGUUGACCUGAUAAACGAUUUUUUUGUUUGUUAAAUAAAGACGAAAGUAGGGGGUAAUGUAGUUGUUAGGAGCUAAUUGGACGCAGGUGACGAUGAAGCUGAGCAGCUGCCACAGGGAGAGAAAGAAAAAAAAAAUGGAGAAGAGGUACGGCUGCAAAUCGAGAAUCGAUAAUUCAACCGCAUUCAUUCACCCUGUCUAUCAGUACCUGUGAUGUCUCCGCUUUCUUUUGCCGUUUUAAAGACGUGUGAAUUCUCCUGUGAGUGUAGUGAGCGGUUAUAUUCCCAGCCAGUACGGGUUGCGUGCCUGUAAAUGUGUGUGUGAAGGCGUUCAAACGGUAGAAACGGGAAUUUUGGAGCCCCUAAUUCGAUUUGAUUCAUCCACCGCAGUAGCAGCAGCGGCGGUGGGAGCUGCUCCCGCUCUUUGUGAUGUUGCUGGACUCCAAUAAGGUCGCUGGAGAGAGUGAUGACGCGGCAGUGAGAGACACACAUACCUCAGCCUGCUGGCACACACUCCCAUAUAUACACACUUUUGCCCACACGCUUUAAGUCUUGCCCCACUAAGACAAGGAAGGAGAGAGGGAGAAAAUACUGCUAUGACGGUGUCAUUUCUCACCCUUACAAGUGUGUGAGCUGCACACACACACAAAUACACUCACUCUCCAUGGGGAGUUGCCUGCAUGGGGGAGAAGACCCUAUCUAGGGCACAAAGAUGGAGUUUGCAUCCUGUUUGUUCCACAUCUAACACGCAAACAUACAAAUACACACAACUGGAGUCUUAUGACUAAAAGAAGGAAUGAAGAGGAGACGCUGAACAUCGCAGAGACAAGACAAACUCCAGGCCAGGACAGAAGAAGAUGUUCAAAGGGUGUUAAGAGAACAGAGGGUGCUGCUGUCUGACCCCUCCCUCUGGAGGUCCAUUGUAACUGAGCUCUCUUUGGUUAAAGGCAUUACCAAGACAGCAGGGUGCGCAGGUGACAGUGUUCUACGAAGUGCCCUGCAGUUGUCACCAUGAGCUGUGGGCUAGAGGGAACACCCCAGCUCUAGCUUCUAUUUAAUUUUGUGUGUGUGGGAGUGUGUGAGUGCGAGUGUGUGUAUGAGUGUAAUGGCAGUUUGCGUUUGGGCGGCAGCCCCCCUGCUCUUUCUGGGGCUGUGCCUGUGCAGCGUAGGGGGCCAGGCCCAAGGGGAGGUCCUGGAGUUUGGGGGCGUGUCCAGCCAGUGGGGGCGGUUUCCUGUGUGGAACGCCUGCUGUGAGAGUGUGUUGAGUUUCAGCUUGCGGACUCAGAGCCAGGAGGGCCUGCUGCUCUACCUGGAUGAUGAGGGCUUCUGCGACUUCCUGGAGCUGCUUCUUCUCCAUGGCCACCUGCGCCUACGCUUUUCCAUCUUUUGUGCUGAGCCAGCUGAGCUGCAGUCAGGCGUGGCGGUGAGUGAUGGGCAGUGGCAUGCAGUGCGUGUCAAGCGGGACUGGAGGAACACCUCGUUGGAGGUGGAUGGGCGACUGGAGGGAUGGGCAGAAGUGAAGAGUAAGAGAAGAGACAUGACAGUAUUCAGUCACACAUACAUGGGGGGGUUGUCAGCAGAUCUUCACUCCUCGCCGCUACGCCUCACCUCACCCUCAGUGCGGGAACACCCUGCCUUUCGUGGCUGGAUCACUGCAGUGAGCAUCAAUGGCUCACUGGUGACGCUGGACAGCUCAGAGGGCGUCACGGUAACAGCUGGCUGCGGGCCGGACCACCAGUGCCAGAACGGAGGGGUGUGCAGCGUGGUCAACGACCAGGCCGUCUGCGACUGCUCCGACACCGGCUACCAGGGCAAUGACUGCAGUGAAGAGCACAGCUACACUCCAGGUCUGGCACACCUGAUGAUUGGCGACCAAGCUCGUGAGGAGUAUGUUGCCACCUUCAAGGGCUCGGAGUACUUCUGCUACGACUUGUCGCCCAACCCCAUCCAGUCCAGCAGUGACGAAAUCACGCUGUCCUUCAAGACCCUACAGCGCAACGGCCUGAUGCUGCACACGGGCAAGUCAGCCGACUACGUGAACCUGGCACUAAAGAACGGUGCCGUGUCCCUUGUCAUUAAUCUUGGCUCUGGGGCUUUCGAAGCCCUGGUGGAGCCCGUCAACGGCAAGUUCAACGACAACGCCUGGCACGACGUCAAAGUCACCCGCAACCUGAGACAGCACUCAGGCAUUGGACACGCUAUGGUGACAAUCUCCGUGGACGGGAUCCUGACCACGACGGGCUACACGCAGGAGGACUACACCAUGCUAGGCUCUGAUGACUUCUUCUAUGUGGGAGGGAGUCCCAGCACAGCUGACCUGCCUGGUUCUCCUGUCAGCAACAACUUCAUGGGCUGUCUCAAAGAGGUGGUGUACAAGAACAAUGAUGUACGGUUGGAGCUUUCAAGACUGGCCAAACAGGGCGACCCAAAGAUGAAGGUCAGUGGUGUGGUGUCCUUUAAGUGCGAGAGUGUAGCAACACUGGACCCAGUGACGUUUGACACCCCAGAGUCAUUUGUGGCUUUGAGCAAGUGGAUGGCGAAGAAGGCUGGAUCCAUUUCAUUUGACUUCAGGACCACCGAGCCAAACGGACUGAUGCUUUUCAGCCAUGGCAAACCCAGACAACAGCAGCGCAAAGACCCCCGCACCCCACCUACUGUCAAGGUGGAUUUUUUUGCCAUUGAAAUGCUGGAUGGUCACCUGUACCUGCUGCUGGACAUGGGCUCUGGAACCACAAAAACCAAGGCCAUCGACAGAAAGGUCAACGACGGAGAAUGGUACCAUGUUGACUUCCAGAGAGACGGACGCUCAGGAACCAUCUCGGUGAACAGCAUGAGAACAGCGUACACGGCCCCGGGAGACAGCGAGAUCCUGGACCUGGAUGACACCCUGUAUCUCGGAGGACUUCCCGAGGAUCGCGCUGGGCUCAUUUUUCCCACAGAGGUUUGGACAGCCCUGUUAAACUAUGGCUACGUAGGCUGCAUCAGAGACCUGUUUGUGGAUGGCCAGAGUAAAGACAUCAGGCGGCUUGCUGAGGCCCAACGGGCAGUUGGAGUGAAGCCUUCGUGCUCCAGAGAGCUGCCCAAACAGUGCCUGUCCAACCCCUGCCAGCACAAUGGCAACUGCAGGGAGGGCUGGAACCGUUAUGUCUGUGACUGCUCCGGGACUGGGUACCUGGGGCGCUCCUGCGAGCGAGAUGCGACCAUCCUCUCCUAUGACGGCAGUAAGUUUAUGAAGGUGCAGCUGCCUGUGGCGAUGCACACUGAGGCGGAGGACAUCUCGCUACGCUUUCGCUCCCAGCGGGCCUACGGCAUUCUCAUGGCAACCACAUCCCGGAACUCGGCAGACACCCUUCGUCUGGAACUGGAUGGCGGCCGUGUCCGACUCACUGUAAACCUAGACUGUAUCAGGAUAAACUGUACAGCCAGUAAAGGCCCAGAGACCAUCUUUGCUGGGUCGGGCCUCAAUGAUAAUGAAUGGCACACGGUGAGGGUAGUCCGACGCGGCAAGACCCUCAAACUCACCGUGGACGACCUACAGACUGUUGAAGGUCAGAUGGCGGGCGACCACACCCAGCUUGAGUUUCACAACGUGGAGACGGGCAUUGUGACGGAGAAGCGCUUCAUGCCUAUCGUGCCCUCCAACUUCAUUGGCCACCUCCAGGGCCUGACACUGAACGGCAUGCCCUACAUUGACCUGUGCAAGAACGGUGACAUUGACUACUGUGAACUCAACGCCGUCAUCGGUUACAAGAGCAUCGUGGCUGACCCCAUCACCUUCCGCUCCCGCUCCAGCUUCGUCACGCUGCCCACGCUGCAGGCCUAUUACUCCAUGCACCUCUUCAUGCAGUUCAAGACAACGUCCCCAGAUGGUCUUAUUCUCUUCAACCGGGGAGAUGGCAAUGACUUCAUCGUCAUUGAGUUGGUUAAAGGUUACCUUCAUUACAUCUCUGACCUGGGGAAUGGAGCGCACUUGAUCAAGGGCAACUCCAACAGUCCGCUCAAUGACAACCACUGGCACAAUGUACACAUUUCCAGGGACACGAACAAUCUCCACACAGUCAAGAUUGACACCAAAGUUACCACUCAGACCACAAUGGGAGCCAAGAACCUUGACUUAAAAGGUGAUCUGUACAUUGGGGGUGUUACCAAAGAGAUGUACCGUGAGCUGCCAAAGCUGGUUCACUCCCGGGAGGGAUUUCAAGGUUGCCUGGCAACACUAGAUCUAAAUGGCCGACUCCCGGACCUUCUUGCUGAUGCCUUGACGACCAUGGGGCAAGUGGAGAGAGGUUGUGAAGGUCCCAGCACAACAUGUCAAGAAGAUUCCUGCUCAAAUCAAGGAGUCUGUUUGCAGCAGUGGGAGGGCUUCACCUGUGACUGCAGCAUGACUUCGUACGCUGGACCGCUGUGCAACGACGCUGGGACAACUUAUAUCUUUGGCCGCGAUGGAGGCGUAGUCGUUUACACAUGGCCCCCUAAUGAGCGUCCCAGCACCAGGGCGGACCGGCUGGCACUUGGCUUCAGCACCCAGCAGAAACAUGCCAUUCUACUCCGAGUGGACAGUGCAUCUGGCCUUGGAGACUACCUUCAGCUACAGAUAGACAAGGGCAACAUUAGGGUGGUGUUCAACGUUGGCACAGACGACAUCAACAUCGAGGAGAGCUCCAAGUUUGUCAAUGACGGCCAGUACCACGUAGUCCGGUUCACCCGAAGCGGGGGCAACGCGACGCUUCAGCUGGACGACCUGCCAGUCAUAGAGCGGUACCCCUCAGGCAACAAUGAUAACGAGCGCCUGGCCAUCGCCAGACAGCGAAUCCCCUAUCGGCUUGGUCGAGUAGUUGACGAUUGGCUACUCGACAAAGGUCGCCAGCUGACCAUCUUCAACAGCCAGACGACGGUUCGUGUCGGCGGAGGCGAGCGAGGUUCUGCCAUGUUCCAGGGACAGCUGUCCGGCUUUUACUACAACGGCCUCCGCAUCCUUAACAUGGCCGCAGAGGGCCACCCGCACAUCAGAGUGGAGGGCAGUGCGAGGUUGGUCGGCGACAUGCCAUCCGCCUCCAUCACCCCUCAGUCCAGUGCUGCAGCCGGGGGCAACCGCUCUGACUCCGCCCCCUCAAUCAGUGACAUCACAACCACCACAGCCACAAAUAAGAACCAGGGUUCAACACAACAGACGGCAGACGAUCUGCUGGUGGCGUCGGCCGAGUGUCCAAGUGACGAUGAAGACAUUGACCCCUGUGACAGCUCAGCCCGCCCUCCGCUGCCAGAAGUGAAGGUGUUCCCUGGUCCAUCGGAGGUGGUGCGGGAGAGCAGCAGCACCACGGGCAUGGUGGUGGGCAUUGUGGCGGCAGCCGCCCUCUGCAUCCUCAUCCUCCUCUACGCCAUGUACAAGUACCGUAACCGCGAUGAAGGUUCCUACCACGUGGACGAAAGCCGCAACUACAUCAGCAACUCGGCCACACAGCCCAACGGCAGCACCAAGGACAAACCGCUGGGCAUCGCCAAGAUCUCCAAGAACAAGAAGAACAAAGACAAGGAGUAUUAUGUCUGAGGCGUACAUGCCCCCCACAGAAACAGACAAAUAUGCGUACACCUUUAUAUAUAACAAUAUAUGUACAUAAAUAGAUAUAUUCUCCAAGAAAAAGAAACACUCAUACGCAGGGACAUAGACAUGAUGAUUUUAAUGUUUACUCUCCAAUAAUCACACCUGCACACACACUGUCAAAUACAAACACACAAACAAGCACACAUUCAAGCACAAACAUACACACGCAGACUGACCUGGGGGCACAGGCCCUCACUGUACAGUAUUUACCAAUGAGCAAAGCCUCAGAAAGGGGCUUGUUUUAUGAGCAUUAACACCAUUCCAAAUGAGUUAGAAAGCACCAGUUCAACUCCCCGUCACCAUUUUGGCUCCAGCCAGGUCUGCCACAGUCGGACCUCUGUUCGGACUGAGGGGUGAAAAAUAGACUUUAAGUGAAGCACACGGCAGGCUGAGCAAGAGGCAGCGCACCAGAACAAAGAUGAUGUAAAAGCACUAAGUGUCUCUUCCAAUCUUCCUGGCCUUCCUCCCUGUUAGCAGACGGGACUCGAUGAAGCACAGCGGACAGCGAGGAAAAAAGCACACCAGUGGUUCAAGUUUAGCCCUGAAGCUACAAGACAGGAACUCAAUGUGUAGCCAUAGAGACGGCGAAUUAUGAGAAAACAGGCACAGGCAGGACUGGGUGAGCUGCUGUUGUUAUGCUGCAGAGCUGAUGUUUUUAACAGCAUAAACCACAAAGAAGGAAGCAGAGGAAACUGAGAGAUGUUUCCUGCACAGGAUACUUGAGACUUCAGAUGCUACCUACAGACACCAGUCGGGUGGGACUGCAGUGUCCUCACAUGCAUACAUACAGCACACAUGCACAAACGAACAUAAAACAGACGAAACAAACAAAUAUUUCCCUGCAAUGCUAAAGACCCACAAAGAUCUUCAUAACUGACUCUGAAGACUAUACAAGAAGGUGAAAAUGAUCACUAUGAUGAAGAUGAAUAUCAAGGAACAUUUGGGCAGUACUAACUUUGGGGAAGGGAGGUGUGGGGGGGAAUCUUAUUGCACGUGAAUUAUCUUACUCCGUGUGAUUUAUACUGCGUUGAAACUCCAGAUACACCACCAUCGUAAACUCCACCACCUCGGCUUCAAGUAUUACCAAACACACGGUCCAAACAAUUGGGUUUUCAACAAUAAUUUGAGGCCCUGUCAACACUGACAUAGAGAUUUAGCAAAACAGAGAUUUUUUUCAGCGUUUGCACCUCCCACCACUUGCAAACUGAGUUUCUCAUGAAAAAAAAGAUUUUUUUAAAAAUGGUUUCCCAAGUAAAGAUUUGUAUAUGUUUUAGAAAUUAAAAAGCGUGACAUAGAAGGAUAUAAAAAACCUAUUUUGCACAUGGCCACUCUCGAUUUCAGUGCUAAAAACAAUAAAAGGAUUAAAAUCGUUUCAAUGUUUUCUUCCCAGUUCUGCUUCGCCUUGUCCUGAUGUCGUUUUCAACAAAUCUAAAAUUAAGCUGCAGACGUUAAUGAUUGAGAGAAAGAGGUAAACCACGUAGGGUUUUUACACAACCUGGAAAAGUCUUGAAUUAUAGAAUGGACAUAAAGUUGAGUCUGUAGAAGUCUAUCAAUUAUACAUGAAAAAGGAAACGUAUCAAACAGUAUCAAAGAAUACAAGAGCUACAGUUGUUUGGGGAGAAUAUUUAGCAUAGCGUUUCUUUAGCCACACUCUGUCUUUUUUUUUCUUUUAAGUAGUUAAUGCCGACACUCUUGCUACCUGCUCACACAACAAAGGUAGUAAAAUUAUUGUUUUAUUAUAAUCCCACAAACCUUGCAGGUGUUUAUUGUUUUUUUUAACUAAGAAAAAAAAUUCUGUUUAGUGAAAAAUAUCCAGAGCAGUGUAGCCCGGGCCAGAAUCUUUGAAUUAAUCUCAGUUCAAAUCUUUUAUUGACAAAGUGUGACCAUCGGGAGUGUGCUGCAUGCCUGAGCUGUGCUGUGGAGUGAUGGUGUGUCCAAAGCUGGUGGAGGAGGUUGCCAUGCAACACCUGGAUGUAUAGCUGUGUGUGGGCCACGCCCUGUUUUUUAAUUUGAUGUCCUAUAUAGGCCACGCCCACCACACCUGCUCUAACUGACCAACUUUCAUAGCGAAAACCAGCCGAGGAAAAGAAUGACAAAGAGAACAAAGUAGAUGUUACCACGUGUUGCAAAUAGUUAGACAAGUCCAGUUCUUGAUGCCAUCAGCUACACGACUACUUGAGUUGCUUUAAUUGCAUUGGCUCCUUCUUUUUGUCUCUUUCUACUUACCUCCAUGCUCUGUCUGCCCUGACAACUGAUCUGUUGGGAUUUCUUUAUAAACUUUUGAAGUGUGUGAGCCCUCUACAGCUCCUGAAUUGUAGCCCCAUAAAAUAACAGCACAAGCAGUGCCAUGACACGAGCAAAGCACCUUCCAAUUCAUGUGGCCCAACCAGGCGGAUGCAUGUGAUACGGACCGGGGCUUGGAAGAACAUGAAACUGACUGUGAGACGAUUUCAUUGCAUUGUUGAAAUUAACAGAACAUGUUCGCAUAUUCUAUUUAUCCUAAACUGGCCUUUUUGCCCUCUUCUCCCUGAUUUUCAUCCACCUGUCUUUCCCCUCCUUCAUCCACAUCUAUGGCUCUUUCUUUCCCCUCUAUCUCCAUGUUUUGUUGUCAUUCAGAACAAAAGGAGGCAUCUCUGUCGACGGGAUCCCACAUUUAGGUGUUCAUUAACCAUGUUUAUUUUCUAUAUGUACAAUUUUUCUACAGUCUUUAAUUUUAUUUUUAUUGUUACGGUUCUUUGAUGAACUUAAAGUGGAAAUUUAUUAUAAAAAAUAGUUUUGAAGAUUAAUGAGUAAAUAAAAUAUUACCCAAGUGA